AGGAAAAUCGUUGAUAGGUGCCGUAUAUGGACGAAUAGCUAUACCCGUCUUGGCACCAUAUCACUGUAGCUUGGCGGCGCCACUAAUUGACAACACUUGCAGAUCGCCAGCUCAACACCAGAGCCCAAGCUUCAACUUCUCACCGACAGAGCCCAGAACAACGGGGACGGCGAAAAAAGUCCUUGCCUUGGGUAGAAAGAACGGCAACGGUUGGAAUUGGACUAUUCAGACUUAAAAAAUGUCUAUUCCUAUGCAUCGACUGGGCGGUCGCGGUACGUCAUCACAAAGAAGAUGGAAGUUGUUGUUUGCGCCGGAAUCGGCAACGCGAGAAUUCGAAGUGCGGCGCUUUGAUAUGAGACGUCAAACACUGACAGUUCGAUCUGGUUAGCCUUUGCUCACGACGAUGACGAUAUCGAACAAGAGUACGACCGAUUGAGAGACUUGGCGCGAGCCGAGGCGGAGAAGCGCAACGAUUGCUUCGCGCGUUCGCGUCAGGCAUAUGAAGAUGGCGAUGGUGCUGGAGCAAAGGAGCUCUCCAAUCAGGGCAAGGCACAUGCUGCCCGUAUGGAUGAUUACAACCAGCAAGCAGCCGAUUUCAUCUUCCGUGAGAACAACGCCUCUGGUCGCGUAGAGGCGGACUCGAUCGAUCUUCAUGGUCUAUACGUCGAGGAGGCUGAGAGAAUUCUUGAGGAGCGCAUUCGUGCAGACCAGCGCAAUGGACAGACACAUCUCUAUGCCAUCGUCGGCAAGGGACACCACUCAGCUGGUGGUGUCCAGAAGCUCAAGCCCAAGGUCGAGGAGCUGUGCCAAGAACUUGGUCUCCGGUACGAGACCGAUGAGGACAACACUGGGCGAAUUAUCAUCAACCUCCAGGGCGGAGAUCCUGUCCCUCCCUCGCACUCUGGUGGUUACGGUGGUCACCAUGGUGGGCAGCAGCAUCACCAACCUCAGCAUCAUCAGCCUCAGCACCACCAGCAGGAACAGCAGAACGACGACGUCGGGCAGGUGCUGCCUUGGAUUCUGAAGAAGUUGGAGAAGGCCUGUUGUGUGGUCAUGUAAACCUUGGAUAUACUCUUCUGAGUUGCCAUUCGUGGAAAGCUUCUUUGGACUGCUUCUUCAACGCAUUUAUACCCUGAUCGUGUGGGGUUGGAGAGAUUGUGGCCUUCUGAAAUCCUUGUUUGUGAUUACUUUAUCUUGUCAAGCAUUCUGGAAAGGCUAGGUGAUUUAGAUGAAAGACAUGCGGAACGUUCACGUUAAGAAUUGAAUUGAUGGAGAUAUGUAUCAAGUCUUUAUUUGCUCGCUAGACAUAGGAAAGCUGUAUUGUAUGUAGAUCAAGGCUCCUCUAUACCCAAAUGUAUCUGUGAAAUCGAACGCUUUAACAUUUUGUUACAAUAUAUUCAAAAGUCUUCUCCACCACUUUUCUUAGACAUCCCUUGCUUAUGCUUCGGUCGAAUCCUUGAUGUUAAUCAUCUCCUGGCUCUCUGUGGGCUUAGGAGCCUUACAGAGAGUGAAUCCAACGGCCUCGCAGAUGAUCGCGACCAUCAUCUCCAUAAUUAUACCAGCACCGAGAUACAUCCAAACAUCCUGCUUGUGGCCGCCGAGGAUGAGGGCGCAGGUGUAGGCAAGUCGGACAACGACAAAGGGCAGAGAAGCACCAACGGCGAUAAGAAGUCGAUGCUCGCCAUCAGCAAUGUAGGACUGGCUACGGAGAGCAAGGAAGAACUGGCCCAAAACCAAGACAAGUACAAGAAUCAUGAGGAUGACACCAAUCUUGCACUCGGAGUUGUACUUGACGCUGGGAGAGGAGCCGUUGAGUUCGUAGUCCGAGUUGGCACCGCCAACUGAGAUAAGGAUAAUGGCAGCAAGCAUCAGAAGUUGGAUCGCACGCUGAUAGAUCGGUAGAACGCCGCGGCCGCCCUGUCGCUUGAUAGAAUCGAAGCAACGACUAAGCAGGCCGAGAAGGAUAAGGAUCAAGGGGCCGAGACCGAGACCGUUCAGUGUAAGCCAGCCAACGUAAAGGCUUGUGUUACUUGGGUCAUUGAUAGUUGCGAGGAGCAUAGAAGAGCCGAUUAGACGGGCAAGUGAUAGAAUGCAGAUGUAGAGCCAGCCAGCAGUGCGUCCAAAGCCAUGAGUCUUGCAGAGAAAGAGGGCUCCGAUGAGGAUGAAGGUAUAGAUGACAAUCUCAGCGAUGGCAAUGUCAUCGUGAGCGUCCAUAGGUCGAGCCAUUGUAGUUGAGUUUGUUGUGGUUAGUAUGUGAACAAAAAGUCAGUUGAGUUUCAAGAUGGUCCUUGGAGAAUAGUUGACUUGUAAAUGAAUUGAUGGUAGGCGAAGAGUAUGAAGUGAAGAAGUGAUGAUUGUAUUUCUGUUGUGAUCUAUUGAAUAUUUCUCCCAACUCGAGAGAUACAGGCAUACUUAUACAUGUCACCGUCGACUCGCAUGCCCAAACUUGAAUAUAGGAGAUGCUGUAUAGUCGGCACAACGG